AUGUCUGGAAUCAGAGAGAACAGGAAGAGAAAGAGACAGGAGAGUGCCACUCCUACAGUGACCGAUGAGAAUAUAACGGAUAUAUCUUCUAGUGAAGAAGAGGCUGCCAACGAGGUUGAUGAAGACGAAGAGAUUGAUUCAGAGGAGGAGUUUGAAGGUGAAAACCCAGCAGACAAAAGAAGAAGACUAGCCAAACAAUAUCUAGAGAAUCUAAAAACUGAAGCUAAUGAGAUUGUAAAUGCAGAUGAAGCUGGUGAGCUUGAUGAAGAAAGCCGCCAUAUUGACAAUUAUAACAAUUUUGAUGCCGGGGAUUUGGAUAGGGAGAUCAUUAGCUCAAGGUUAAAAGAAGAUGUUGCUGAACAGCAAGGUCGUGUUUACAGAUUUAUUUCAGACAGACUAGAUUUUGAUAAUGUAAAGACAACAUUCACAAGAGUAGGAGAAAAUAACCCAACUAGUUUGAGUUGUUACCAACCUCAAUUUAACAAGUUUGAUGCUAGCAGCUUCGGAAAGCAAAGUAAGAACAAACUGUUCUGCUAUGUUGUCAGUAAGGAUAUGACUUUAACAAAAUACGAUAUUACAAACUUCAACAGUAGACCAAAGAAAAUUAGAUCUACCAAAGGAGGUAAGCAAUUCAUUCCAGAGACCAAAUUUGAAUAUGAAAAUACCAGUGAAGGUCAUUACGAUGAAAUUCUUACUGUGGCAGCAUCACCCAAGGGAGAUGUUGUUGUAACUGGUGGCAGAGACAGAAAGUUGAUUGUGUGGAGUACUGAAUCUUUAGCGCCUAUCAAGGUGAUACCAACCAAGGAUCGAAAAGGUCAGAUUCUUUCUUUGACUUUUAGAAGGAAUUCUGAUCAGUUAUACGUUGCAUGUGCAGACUACAAGAUAAGAACCUACUCGAUCAGUCAAUUUGCACAACUUGAAACACUUUAUGGUCAUCACGAUAUAGUAGCAGAUAUUUCUGCGUUAAGUAUGGAGAGAUGUGUUACCGUAGGUUCCCGUGAUAGAACUGCAAUGCUUUGGAAGAUACCUGAUGAAACACGUCUUACCUUUAGAGGAGGUGAAGAUCCUGACAGGUUGUUGAAGAAAUGGCUGAAAACUAACGCUACAGAGAAAGAAAAUGGUGACCUAGAAUAUCCGCAAGAAUCAGAAGCUCCAUUAUUCUUUGGAGAAGGCAGCAUCGAGGUGGUCAGCAUGAUUGAUGACUCCCAUUUUGUCACAGGAUCAGAUAAUGGUAGUAUAAGCUUGUGGUCAUUGGCAAAGAAGAAACCAGUCUUUAUAGAGAGGUCAGCACAUGGAUUACUUCCUGCGCCAGAAGUUGAUGAAAUAUCUGGAGAAUCCUCUAAAGAGCUCAGAGAAAGACAAGUGCAAGAUAGAAAGUUAGUAAAACCAUACUGGAUUACUUCGAUUUACGCUAUACCGUACUCCAACCUAUUCGUCUCAGGUUCGUGGAAUGGUUCAUUAAAGGUCUGGAAGAUAAAUGAGAAUUUGAGAGAGUUCGAGUUGGUAAAAGAACUUUCAAACUGUCAUGGCGUAGUAACCAAAAUUCAUUAUGUAGAGGCUGGUAAGCACGGUAAGGAAGACUUCCGUAUUUUGGCAAGUGUGGCCAAAGAGCAUCGUUUAGGUAGAUGGGUCACGAGAGUACCAGGCGCUAGAAAUGGUAUUUAUUCUGCUGUGUUAAAAUCAAAGGCAUAA